AUGGCUAGUGAGGAGAGUUUUGUUAUUUUGGUUCACCACAGAGGAUCCAUUAAGAGGAAAACUCGUUCCGGAGUGAAGUUCACAGAUAAAGAUCCUCUCUGUAUUGUUGUUACUCCUAGGACGAGCUAUGAUGACCUUGUUAGAUCUGUACUGAUGAAGCUCAGGCUGGAAGAUUCGAAGAGGGUUAAGAAGUUUUUCUAUCGCAUUCCAAUCAAAGUGCUCCAGGAUACCGUGAAGUAUGAUUGUUUCACGAUUAGUAGUGAUGAGGACUUGCAAGUAAUGUUCCUUUGUCGGCAGCAGUUUCCGGAGGUCAGGACCCCAGAGUUGUUGGCAAAGCUGGUUAAUGUGGUAUCCAGCUCAGGGGGUUCGAACCGGAAUACCACCACUUUAGCCACGCCAGCCGGUUCUAGUUCCCGGCCUGCUGUUGCUUCUUCCUCCGUCCCUGUUUACCAGCCAGUGGUCCAUGUUGUCGCCUCCUCGUCUUUUGCUGUUGAUCUCAAUGGCAGCGUAGGUGACGACGUAGGUUCAAGGGAAAAUCUGCCGGAUGAUUUACUCGACGUUGCACCGCUUGGUGUUGGAGACGGAGUGUUGGGUGAUGCAGAUGAGGAUGACGUCGAGCCGGAUAUGAUUGACGAUGACAGCGGCGAUGAUAUUAGAGUGAGUGAGCCUGCAUUGGCGGAGGGGGUUUCUGGGCAUUCUGUUGGAUUCGGAGCUAGAGAUGCGGAAGGGACUGCUGGUCUGACAAAGUUCCAGGUUGGUCAGCAAUUUCAGGAUAAAGAUGAGGCUCUUUUAAGUGUGAAGACUUACAGCAUCCGGCGAGGGGUACAAUACAAGGUAGUGGAGUUUGAUUAUCGCAGGACUGAUGCAUCCGUAAGCAUAAAGGUGCUCCUGAACGCCACGGCAGCACACUUUGGGUUUAAGCAGACUUACAGGAAGGUCUAG